AUGAACGCGGGAUUAGGAAACUCCCCUAUGGACUUUGGUGAUGGCUUUUUACCGGAUGGCCGAAUCUAUGUCUCCUAUGAGGGCGUGGAAUUUGUCCCCUGGAAGGAGUGGCCGGCCGCUGGGUCAGAAGCAGCAAAGCUCCUAGCCAUCUCGCCUUACAGGUAUGAUCUGUCCGAGGAUGAGGAUGAGAGCUGGGAAUCUGACGAGGAGGACAUUCCAGGCGCCUUAGCUGCCACGACUGCAGCAGCUGCGGAGGAAGUCCCGCAGAGAGUGAUUGCCAUUCUAUCAGAGGUGGCCGAUGACAAGAUGACGCUGGACUCUGAGCUGGUGGAUGGCAUUGACUCUUUGGGUGCAACGCUAGUUCUCAACAAUCUCCAGAUGCAGUUGGGAGUGAACAUCUCCGUCACUGACUGGAUGGAGAUGGAACGUGUUUCGGACGUCGUCGAUCGCGUGCUCAAGGAGCUUCCAGCGCCAGCACCGGUGGCGCCAAAGCGAAAAAUACGCCGUAAGCGGAUGGAGGUUGACAUGGAGGAGGAGGUGCAGACUGUGCAGACUGGGCCGACGGCGAGUCCAGCGGACAUCUCCGAGAAGGUACUGGCCAUCUUGAACGAGGUGGCAGAGGAGGAUGAGAAACUGUCUUUGGAUACCGCGCUGACGGAUGGCAUUGAUUCCUUGGGCUCUACGCUGGUGAUCAACAAUAUCCAAGCGGCCUUUGGAGUGACACUCUCCAUCACAUCCUGGAUGGAGAUGGAGACCGCUGGAGACCUCACGAAGUUUGUGACUGGCCUGGUGGAAGAGCAGGCGCCAAUUUCAACACCGGUAGCUCCCAAAAAGAAAUCGAAGCCAAAGAGAGCGUCGCAGGCCAGACGUUCAAAGCAAGGAGUCGAGACCAAACCCUUACAAAGCUCUGCUUCCGUGUCGGGGGUUCGAGUUCAUCGACAAGGGAUCGGCCCACGGGUGUUCCUAGUGGAUGCACACCCUCCCGAAGCCGAAGAGCCAGCAGGCUUGGAGAAGGUGCAGGAGCGACGCGCCGAACUUGCAGCUGCUUUGGCACCUUGCACGGUUUGCUCUUUGAUUUUUGACGAGGAAGCUUGCAAAUGCGCGAACUUGGCCGAGUUGGUCAGGCUGUACACGCGCAGGGUCAAUGCACAUCGCAUGAUCUAUCCAGAUGCUGUUGAAGGAGAACCCUUAGCUCUUGCUGCCUGGUCCUUCAGCCGCGUCAUUGCCAGUGCUUUGGCUUCUUCCUUAGAGAAGUCAGGCGUGCAGGAUGUGCGCCUGAUUCUUUUCAAGGAUGGAUUGCUCCUACCAGAACCAUCGGAGGAGGAAGGAGAUGAGUGGUGGGGCGGUGCUACAGAGGCAGUUCUCUUCACAGCCAGUGCUUGCGGUGCGGCCAAGUGGGCAAAGGAGGAGCGGCGCCGUUUGCGGAAGAAAGGCGCCCUCCGGCAACUGCGAGAAGAUGAGGAUGAAGUGGAGGACAUGCAGAUGCGUCUGUUUUGGGAAGAGGGGGCAAAGCCCGGACACCUGCAGCAGCUGGGACCAAAACGCUUUGCGGAGUUGGCGAACACCACCGGCCGCAAGGUUGAAAUCUUGCGGUCCUUGACAAAAGGAGCCAAGGGUGUGCUGGACUUUCAGGGUUGCGCUGCUGUAGUGGGAGUGGAAUCCUCAAGGCCAAAGGCGGCGCGGCACGUUCGUUUGUUGAAUAGCUCACCUGGCAAUGUGCCGGAAGAUGUCCUGUUUUAGUUUCGAUGGUGAAUCUAUUUGUCUUAGCUGGUAGAGUGCUGCUUGAGAAGAUUCAAGUUGGCACAGCAAUACUGUACCACCCUGCCAAAGAGCAGGGAGCAGGGGAUGGACCAGCUCGGUAUGUCUCGAUUCGAGGAUUGGUUCAAAA